UUUGUUUAUGGCAACAAUGGAUCUCAUCAAGCUAAUGAUGUCAUUAAAAUCUAGUCAGAGUUUGUGACGUGAACGCAUAAACAAUUAUGCGGGUACAGUUCAAGAUCAUAAUAUAGUCAGAGAGUAGUAUAGAGAGAAACAUUCUGGUCGGACGAAACGACCGAAUAUGCGCGAUUUGGUUUUAUUCGUUUUCACGUUAAACUGCUACUGGCGUUUGCAGUUUGGUAUUUUUGGAGCUGCGCAACCCGCAGCAUUUAAUUUCGCCAAUAAUUACACAUACCGUAUUUUCCAUACAUACAAUUACGAGUAUAAAGAUCCUACGACAAAUGGAGAGUACAUCCCAAAUAGUAAUUAUCCACAAUCUGACCCCAAAGAACCAAUUCCUAUAGCCCAAAGAAAUCAUUUCAACACCAACAAUUAUAAUGGUGAACAUUUCUAUGAUCCAGAAAAUACAAAUAGAAAUUUUAAACCAAAUGUUUGGACACCCUCAAAUUUACCUCAUUUCAUUGAACAACACGAAACCAUAACGAAUCAACCCAGAAAAUCAAGAGAAAAUAUUAAUCGAGGUAACACAGAAACGUCAUUUUUAACAGUAAAUGGUUCAAAAUGCGCUUACGGAUUUUGCGAACAAGCUGAAAAUUAUCCCGAAGCAUUGCUUUUUGAUUUAGUUAAAAACAACGCAGCUUUGAGUGCGUUUUUUAAACCAGCCGUGCCUGUAGUCGUGGAUAGGGCUUUUCCUUCGUUUGAAAAUAUUUGCGAAGUAACCGUGCAACGGAUGACCCCCAAAACGGCUCAGAACGUCGAAGGAAAAAAUCGAAUAGUCGUUAAUUUAAAAGAGUACAAACAAAUCGUCGAGUCUGAAGUGUGCAGAAAGGACGCUACGUGUAAAUUUCAUAACUAUUGGCCGGAAGGGUAUAAAGCGAAAUGUAUUCAAAAGUAUGUUGAGGUUCCUUUAGCUGUAAUGGACGAUAUGGAAAAUAAAAUUAUUGUGGAGAAGUUUAGUUAUCCAUCCGGUUGUUAUUGUGCAUGUAAAAAUGAAUAAUAAAGUUAUUUUAAAAUUGUU